AUAUAAUCAAAACUAAUCCAACAACAAUAGCAACUAUAUAUAAAUUCCUAUUUUCAUCACUUUAUUACAUAAUCUCUACUACUUCUCUUCUAAUUAAAAGAAAUUAAACAGCGUUUUACCGACGGAAAUUUUUUGUCGCUAAUCAAAUAUGGAUUCGAGUAAGAGAGAAGGUGAAGCAGCAAUCAACAUUCCUGAAUCCAAGUCCACCAAAGGUAAAAAUGUUGCCCAUACUACUACAUUGAUGGCGGCACCACCACCGCCACGUGGCGGGUGGAAGAGAGGUGUUGCCAUUUUCGAUUUUAUCCUGAGGAUUAGCGGUCUCGUGGCUGCAUUGGCCGCCACCACCACCAUGGGAACCACCGAUGAAACUCUCCCCUUCUUCACUCAGUUCUUCCAGUUCCAAGCCAGCUACGACGACCUCCCCGCUUUCACGUUUUUCGUGGUGGCCAAUGCUAUAGCUAGUGGAUACUUAGUCUUGUCGUUGCCUUUCUCCAUUGUCGGAAUUGUUCGUCCUCAUGCAGCCGGAAUUAAGCUUCUCCUCCUCAUCUUUGACAUUGCGAUGGUGGCUUUCACGGCGGCGGCAGCGGCAGCAGCGGCGGCGAUAGUGUACUUGGCACACAACGGAAACUCAAAGACGAACUGGUUCGCAAUUUGCCAGCAGUUCAAUGACUUCUGCCAGCGUAUUAGCGGCGCGGUGGUGGCUUCCUUCAUUGCGGCUGUCAUCUUCAUUUUCUUGGUUGUGCUCUCCGCCGUGUCUCUUCACCGCCGUCACUAAGGAUUUCAACGGA